UCACGAAACCACGACGACGCCUUUGAGACGCGCUUUUUGAAGAUCGCGGCUUCAACGUCGCCGUCGCUCGUCGUCCUUCUCCUCCUGCGCAUUGUGUGCAUACACACAAUUGCGAUUCUCGAUUGUGCACCUCCGUCGUUGCCAUUUCUCUCUCUCUCUCUCUCUCUCUCUUUUUCUCUUGUUGUGCGUGUAUGCGCGUAUUACUCUCUCGGUCCGCUUUCCAUAUCUUUCGCCGUUUCCAUCGUUCGUGUCUCGCGAGAGAGAAGCUCAUCGUCGCCGUCGAAUUCGCCGUUUUCCUCGCUCGCCGGUCUCUUUCUUCACCGUUUGCGGUUUCUCCCGGCUUUCUUGUCUCAAUCACUUUGGCGCCGCUUGCCGACUUUGUGAUCGUUAACGCGGUCAGCCCGACUCCGCUCUCUCGUGAGCGGAUCUCAAGAGUGUGUGAAUCGCGACCUGUGGACGGUUCCGGUGGUUGUCGCAGGAGUAUACCGUGGUACUGUGUGAUCGUGAAGUAAUGCAAAUCACCGAGGAUAAGAGAGGAAGAGAGAAAGAGACGAGAAAUUGCGAGACGGCUGUCGGAGAGAGUUGUCCGCUUCUUUUUUUCUCGAGAACAGGAUGAUCGAGCAGUGAUCGUUCGUUCAUUCUUCGCACCGUCAACCCAAAUGAUUGACGUACGUCGUGUCAUUGAGGAGGAAGCUUCGAUCAAGAUUUUCGUGAGAGAGCGCGACGGUGCACCGCUGAUACUUGUCUUCCAAGAGAUCUCGCGAAAUACCGAAAUACUUGGUGCGCGCGCACGAUUGCCUUCGAAAGCGAACGUCAUCAUUGAUGAAGACCACUCGCUUUGCACCCGGUCAAAGUGUCAACUUCGAUCUUAGAAUUUGACAGGCGCACGUCAUUGCGUUUGUCUGCCGCGCGUGUCACAAUUGUGCGUCGCCCAUGUGUUUAUGCCCAGAAUUGAACUCACCGAGAGAACUCACGAUAAAGCUUAUCGGCAAAAUGACUAUGAAUUACCGUAAUCUCAUGGAAGGCAGCUGGGACGAAUACGAGAGAUGAUAGACUGAAUUCUCGACCGGAACAGAAACACAGUGCCUUCAUAGGACAAUAAAAAAAUAAAUUCCCGACGCAAACAGUCGCUCCGAUCUCUGAGAGGUGGUGAUUCCGUGCUUUGACUUUCGCGAUUGAUGUUCCCGAAGUCCCGACAACAUGGAGAUCUCGACCAGGAGACGAGGUCUCUGGCAACCGUGGCUCAAUGCCGAUAUCCUUCGAUUGGCUCGCAAACCGGAAGAGGGGAGACCAAAGACGACGAAUCUACAUCGGAAACCGAGCAGCGCGUGGCGCAAGGAACGCAGGAGAGACCCGAUCCAGAGCGAAGCGCUGGAUAUGUCGGCGGCACGUGUGCACCACAGCAGACCAAGUGUGAUCGUUCCCACCACUCCGCAAGCCGGCACUACGAUGGAAGACACGGCUGUGACGCCUACCCCAACGGCGACCCCGACUGCGGCGGCUGCAGGAGGGCGAAGGACCGGCAUCAGAAACGUAGAUGCAGAUAGCGACCCAGCAAUCGACGAGCAUUUCAAGCGGUCUUUGGGCCUGGAGGAGUACGCGGCCGUCUUCAACGCGACUACCACCGACAAAGAGACUGUCCUGAGCGUUGACGCUCACUUCGCGAAAGCGCUCGGUGAAACCUGGACGAGGCUUCAGGCGACCAGUCGAAGCAAGGAAUCCACCUAACCACCCGGCAGACUCGCCAGGAAUCUUGUCGUCGUCGUCAUCGUCGUCGUUAUUCUCGUCUUCGUUUGUCGCUCGACGCUCGUCGCAACCCGUUCGGGUGAAAACGUUCCAGUCUCGCUUGUUAAUUACGCACUAGUGAUAAGUCAUUAUCGAUAAGAGAUAACCGAGAAUACGCGCCCGUAUUUUGAACGAGUCGCAUCGAGCCAGAAGCCAGAACAGAGAAUAGAGAAACAUUGAGAAUUUUGAACUGAGUUAUCAGACGAACGGAGGUCUCUCUGGGGUCAGCAAUUGCGGAUUUGUUGCAUCGAUUUCUGGUCGAGUUCGUAAAGCAAAGUCACGUUGUAGCGGACUCGUCAAUAUAUCGUUGAAAGUACACGCUGGGAAAAAGAAUACAAGAUGAAAGUCAAAGAAGAGAAAGAAUGUCAAGCUGUGUCCGGUUUAAAUGUUGUUUUCCUGGACUCUCAAAUUGGUCUUUAAAUAAAUAACAUCAAAUUAAUUCAAGUAAGAACUUGGUAUUUCCAUGAGUUCGAUCCAAAUUGACUUAUCUCUCCUUCUCUUUUCAUCCUCUAUAUUCUGCAAAGAUGUUUCUCCCUGUAAAAUUGACAAUAUUAUAUAGACUUGUGUGCUUUUUCCCUCCUUCGUAGACAUUUUGCUUUAAUUGACAUGUACCGCCGUACGUUGCGCAAGGAGGGUAUCAAGUGUCCUUGAUCUUCUCGCUUUUCAACUCGAUGCUCGUUGUCGUCGCUUUUUCGUCAGAAACACGCAUGCAAGAAGGCAUCAGGAAGACUGGUCUGCGCGCUGUAUCUUGUACGGUGAGUGUACCGUAGGCGUAAAUUUGAUAUUGUAUAUAAGUAUACUAUACGACGUCAUCGCCAGUCAUUAUUAUAUAGUCCCGAAAGUUGCGUACGAAUAUAAAAUUAUUUAUUAUGAUACUUCACACUUCCUCGCAAAGCUUGAUAAGUUUAAUAAGUUUAUACUAUGUAUACAUAUAUGUACGUAACGAUAUUUACAUAGACGUACGAUUCUAUAACACACAUUAUAACAAUCAUUACCGAGGAAUCUUCGUGAAUGAGACGAGAGAGAGAGAGAGAGAGAGAGAGAGAGAGAGAGAGAGAGAGAGAGAGAGAGAGAGCUGGUGAGAUGAUUGUGUAAUUUAAUAAGACAGAUACAGCAUUGCAUUAAUAUAAAUAGUAUAUAAUUGCGUCUUUAUAUCGGUCGAAGAGUCGAAGCUGUAAAGAUAAACGAAAGGAUAUAUACGAGACAUACGAGAAGAA